AUGGGAGCAAGAAAAUCUAAAAACGGACAGCCAAUUCAAUUUGUUGAAUCGGAAGGACUUGAUACUUCUAAAGUGAAUGAAGAUGAUGAAGAGCAUUUAUAUGAUAAUAUUGACGACUACAAGAAUUUGAUACAGGAUGAGGACUAUGAUGAAGGCGAUGUACCUCAUGACCUGAAAUUAAGUGAAGAUGAAUACAAUUCUGAGCGAGACAGUUCUUUAUUGGCAGAGUUCUCAGAUUAUGGGGAAAUAUCCGAAGACGAUGAGGAAGAUUUCAUGAAUGCGAUUAGGGAAGCAAGCAACUUCAAAGUGAAGAAAAAGAAGAAAAAUGACAAAGGUAAGUCUUAUGGCCGCCAAAGGAAAGAAAGGGUGCUCGAUCCAGAAGUAGCUCAAUUGCUUUCUGAGGCCAACGAAGCCUUUGUUAGAAACGAUUUACAAGUAGCAGAAAGAUUAUUUAAUGAAGUCAUCAAAAAGGAUGCGCGUAAUUUUGCUGCUUAUGAGACUCUUGGGGAUAUAUAUCAAUUGCAAGGAAGACUUAAUGAUUGUUGUAAUUCGUGGUUUCUGGCAGCUCAUCUAAAUGCCUCUGAUUGGGAAUUCUGGAAGAUAGUUGCCAUAUUGUCAGCUGAUUUAGACCAUGUUAGACAAGCAAUAUACUGUUUUUCCAGAGUAAUAAGUUUGAACCCCAUGGAAUGGGAAUCGAUAUAUCGCCGGGCAAUGUUGUACAAGAAAACAGGUCAGUUGGCAAGAGCUUUAGACGGAUUUCAAAGAUUAUACAUAUAUAAUCCUUAUGAUGCGAACAUAUUGAGAGAAUUGGCUAUUCUUUACGUUGACUAUGAUAGAAUUGAUGAUUCAAUUGGGCUUUACAUGAAAGUUUUCAACGCGAAUGUCGACAGAAGAAAAGCUAUAUUGGCUGCUUUGGAAAACGCUUUAGAUUCUUCAGAUGAAGAAAGUGCUGCAGAGGAUGAUGGAGAUGAAAAGGAACCCUUUGAGCAAGAUGAGGAUAUGCAGAUGUUCCCUGAUAUCAACUGGAAAAAAAUCAAUGCAAAGUAUAAAUGUAUACCAUUUGACUGGUCUUCCUUAAAUAUUCUUGCAGAACUAUUUUUAAAACUCACAGUUAGUGAAGUCGAUGGUAUAAAGUCAAUUAAAAAAUGUGCACGCUGGAUUCAACGCCGUGAAAGUCAAAAAUUUUGGGACGACGUUCCGGAUGAUUCAGAAUUUGACAAUAGAAGGUUUAAAAACAGCACUUUCGAUUUACUACCUGCGGCAGAAAAAGAAAAAUCAUAUAACAUCCCAAUCGACAUUAGAGUUAGACUAGGAUUGCUGAGAUUGGAUACGGAUAACCUUGUUGAAGCGCUUAAUCACUUUCAAUGUCUUUAUGAUGAAACUUUCACUGACGUCGCGGAUUUGUAUUUUGAGGCAGCAACUGCUUUAACAAGGGCUGAAAAGUAUAAAGAGGCUAUUGAUUUCUUUACUCCGUUGUUAUCUCUUGAAGAAUGGCGUACAACUGACGUUUUCAAACCCCUAGCAAGGUGUUACAAAGAAACCGAAAGUUAUGAAACGGCUAAAGAAUUUUAUGAACUAGCUAUUAAGUCUGAACCAGGUGAUUUAGAUAUUCGUGUAUCUCUCGCAGAAAUUUAUUAUCACUUAAAUGAUCCAGAGACUUUCAAACAUAUGUUAGUUGACGUUGUGGAAAUGAGGAAACAUCAGGUCGAUGAAACGCUUCAUAGAAUUUCAACCGAAAGGAGUUCCAACGAUACUUCGAAUGAUAUUUCCAGUAAACCGUUAUUGGAGGACAGUAAAUUUAGAACCUUCAGGAAAAAGAAGCGUACACCUUAUGACGCAGAAAGAGAUAGAAUAGAAAGGGAAAGAAGAAUAACGGCAAAGGUUGUGGAUAAAUACGAAAAAAUCAAAAAGUUCGAGUUUGAUUCGGGGCUUGGUGAAGCCAAUCAAGUUAACUUAUGGAUUAAUACAGUUUCUGAAUUGGUAGAUAUAUUUUCGAGCGUUAAGAACUUCUUCAUGAAAAGUCGGUCCAGAAAAUUUGUCGGUAUUCUAAGGAGAACCAAAAAGUUUAACACCGAACUUGAUUUCCAGAUUGAAAGGUUGUCCAAACUAGCUGAAGGGGACAGUGCGUUUGAAGGACCACUAAUGGAGGAAAGGGUAACCUUGACGUCUGCCACAGAGCUGAGGGGAUUGUCGUAUGAGCAGUGGUUUGAGUUAUUUAUGGAACUUUCUUUGGUUAUUGCAAAAUACCAAAGCGUUGAGGAUGGCCUGAGUGUAGUAGAAACGGCUCAGGAAGUGAACGUAUUUUUCCAGGAUCCAGAAAGGGUUAAAAUGAUGAAAUUUGUAAAACUAGCCAUUGUUCUUCAAAUGGAUGAUGAAGGAGAGUUAGCCGAGAAUUUGAGGAGCUUGCUGAAUCAAUUUCAAUUCAAUAGGAAAGUUCUGCAGGUCUUUAUGUAUUCUUUGUGUCGUGGACCUUCUUCUCUGAAUAUUCUGAGUUCUACUAUUCAACAAAAAUUUUUCUUAAGACAGUUGAAAGCUUUUGAUAGUUGUAGAUAUAACACUGAGGUUAGUGGGCAAGCUUCAAUAACAAACAAAGAAGUGGAUAACCCGAAUAAAAAGUCAUCGCCAUAUCUGUAUUAUAUCUACGCUGUUUUGCUUUAUUCUAGUAGGGGAUUUCUUUCGGCCUUACAAUAUUUGACGAGGCUAGAAGAAGACAUUCCAGAUGACCCAAUGGUCAACCUUUUAAUGGGACUAUCACAUAUUCAUCGUGCUAUGCAAAGAUUAACAGCACAAAGGCAUUUUCAAAUACUUCAUGGAUUACGGUAUUUAUAUCGUUAUUAUGCAAUAAGGAAGAACCUAUAUACGGAUUUGGAAAAGCAAGAGGCAGAUUACAACUUAGGGCGUGCUUUCCAUUUAAUCGGUCUGGUAUCGAUUGCAGUUGAAUAUUAUAAUAGGGUAUUAGUAAACUAUGAUGAUGAGAAGUUGAAAAAACAUGCCGCCUAUAAUAGUAUUAUUAUAUAUCAGCAAAGCGGAAAUGUUGAGUUGGCCGAUAACCUUAUGACAAAGUACUUGAGUGUUUGA